CCUAAUAAUGCUUUAGGAAUGGAAUCGUGUGUUAUAAUAAUGACAAAUGGAUACUGGGGGGAUAGAGCAUGUACAGAACUGAGACCCUUUAUAUGCUACAAUGCUCAAUUCAGUGGUGCUGCCAGGUUCAUUGGCAUCAGUAGUAAGGUGACCUGGCCUGCAGCUCAGGCUUACUGUCGAACAUAUCACACAGACUUGGCCAGCUCUCUCAACAACAUUGACAACAACAUGAUAUGGCAGGUGAGGGAUAUCCAGGGUGAUUCGUGGUUUGGACUAUACAGAGACACAUGGAAGUGGUCAGAUGGGACCAAUGCUUUAAACACACCAUGGGCUUCUGGACAACCUGAUAAUUAUGGAGGAAAUGAGAACUGUGCAGUGGUUUAUAAUGGAAACUUCUAUGAUACAUCCUGCAGCACCCAGUUCUAUUUCUUUUGUCACACCAUUCCACCAGUAAGACAACGCCAGAUUGUGAGGCUGCAGGUAAAGUCUGAUGGCAGUGUGUUUGAUUCUGCUGCUCAGUCCUCCAUUUUAGAGCAGAUUAAGCUGAAUCUGAAGGGAAAGGGCAUUUCAGACAACACCACAGUGACCUGGAGGGUGCAGACAGAUGGGAUCAUCUUCUACAAAAAAAACAAAGAUGACCUGUAAUGCCUACAUGCUAGUCUUCAAGUCAAGUAGAGCACAAAGUGAAAUAUCUAUCUAUCUAUCUAUCUAUCUAUCUAUCUAUCUAUCUAUCUAUCUAUCUAUCUAUCUAUCUAUCUAUCUUUAUGUCUCAACUGUGAAACAAGAUACUUUCUCUUAGUGACAUUUACACCAGUGAAAUUGAAUGCUGGUGUCAGGUGACACGUCUCCCAUGGAAAGCAGCGGUCUGUGUUUUUGUAGCUGUAGAGUCCAACAUGAAGACUUUUCUCAAAUGUAAAUACAACACUGGAGAACAUGGCUACUUUUUAUUUGUCAAGAAAAUGUAUUCAAAUAGUCCCACAAUAGACUUCUAGCAUUUCUGGGUUUUGUACAGAUGUAGAUCUUCUUUUACAAUUACUCUGUAGUUGCUUUGUAGAUUUAUCAUAUAUUUUUUUUAUUAGGACACAUACAACAGUUAUUAUAAUAUUGUGUAUGCUGGAUGUUGUAUUUUAUUAUUGACACGUGUAGAUUCCAAAUAAAGUGGAUUUAAAUGAUCUAAGUAGAAGGUAAAACACUUUGUACAGUGAAACCAUCCAGUUAGUUGUGAAGCAUUUUUUGCUGAAUCUUAGAAAACGUGUUUUUCCGUAUGUUUUCCAUACGCUUCCAUUUCAAACUAAACACUGUUCCAUUAUUUGACCAUUUGAACAUUCCCUUAAA